GAGAGAGAGAGGGAAAGGCGGAGCGAGCUGCGGAGAUUACACAGACUUUCUGCGCUGCGCUCCCGGGGCGCAGGAAGACUAUAGAGACCGCCUUCAUCUGCCAGGAGCCCCCAAACACGAAAGGAGAAAGGCGGGCACGGUAACGGAGGACCUUUUCUACCAAGAGCUUUAUCUAUUUACGCACGGAGGGAGCCAAGAUAGGAGCCGAAGUGGCCGUCGCAUCGCUCCCCAGCAUCUCCUGUCGAAGGGACCCGGUUCUGAGCAGAAAAAGACCGUUCAGAGAGACCGGCGUUCAAAAAGAAUGAGAGGAAGACGAGUGGAGGCUCUGAAUACAGCUGAGGAGAAUUAAAUCCAAACCGAGGAUUUAUCACAACAUUCAGACUCAACUCUGUCCUGUGGAUCUUUUUAUUUUUUUCCUUUCUAUUUUUAAAGAGUCAUUCUUUGGAACGGACAUUAAUCUUUAAGUUUGACAAAGACUCACAGUAAUGUUUCACCUCGACGUCAGCCUGGGAGAUAAAAGACUUGCUCAUUUAUCUUUAUCUUCGUAAACCUUUUGACUGCCAAGUUUGAGAGAAACUCUGACAGCCAAAGGGGAUUUCUUUUUCACUUUGAACUUGCGCAAUCUCUUUCAUUUUCUGUAGUUACGUCACAGUUAUCUCACUUUUGUCUUUUCCUGAUAACGUUUCGUUUCGUAUUAAAAGGAAGAGAAGGAGGUGACAGAUUUGAGUUUCUCUCGCAGAAGCCCGGAUAGCAUUUGCAUUCCAGUUUGGCUUUCGCAAGGGGACAAAUCCUCCCUUGUGUGUGUGUGUGUGUGACUGAGUGUGUUUAUUUAUUUAUUUAUUUUUUAGCUGAGUGUCCCUCUGCGAUACAUUCACGUGUCUCAGGGGACAAUAACUGGCCCUGUGUGUGUCUUCUGGAGAAAUGGGAUCAGAAAAGGACUCCGAGUCGCCUCACUCCUCGGUGAGUGGUGUCCCCAACCCUAAGUGCCGUGCGGCGGGCAAACGCCAGGGCCGCAUCUCCUUCCACAGCCUCUUCCACAGCAAACGGGGAGCCAGGGGCCCCAAAGGAGCAGCGGCCCCCCCUUUAUCCCACCAUCACCAACAUCACCACACACAACAACAGCUUCUCUCUUCAGCCUUGAGCCCAGCACCUGCUGCAGCCUCUGCUACGCCCACAACGACCACCACAGACACCACAGACACCACUCCCCUCCAGGACGCUGCCUCCAGCACGCCCUCCAAGCCGCUCUCCUCCAGCCAGGCGUCCCUGGCCGGAGACCCUUCCUCUGGGGAGGCUAACCUCCUGGAGUGCCCUCUGUGCCUGGUGCGCCAGCCCGCCGAACAGCUCCCCGAGCUGCUGGGGUGCAGCCACCGCUCCUGCCUCUGCUGCCUGCGGCAAUACCUCCGCAUUGAAAUCACAGAGAGUCGAGUCCAGCUCAGCUGCCCCGAGUGUGCCGAAAGACUGGUCCCGCGACAGGUGGCGGACAUCUUGGAUGACGCGGUCCUGCUGGACAAGUAUGAGGAGUUCCUGCUGCGGAGGUGCCUCGCAUCCGAUCCAGACUGCCGAUGGUGCCCGGCGCCUGACUGCGGGUUUGCCGUCAUCGCCUCGGGCUGUGCCAGCUGUCCAAGGUUGGUGUGUCGCAGAGAGGGAUGUGGUGCCGAGUUCUGCUACCACUGCAAACAGGCCUGGCAUCCCAACCAGACCUGCGACUCGGCCCGCCAACAGAGGGCUCAAUCUCUGCACACCCACAGCAGCCACUCACCCAGCUACACACAGGAGCAGGGACCCGCUGAUGACAUCAAGCCCUGCCCUCGCUGUGGUGCCUACAUCAUCAAGAUGAACGACGGCAGCUGCAAUCACAUGACCUGCGCCGUCUGCGGCUGCGAGUUCUGCUGGCUCUGCAUGAAGGAGAUCUCCGACCUGCACUACCUCAGUCCAUCUGGCUGCACAUUCUGGGGGAAGAAGCCUUGGAGCAGGAAGAAGAAGAUUUUGUGGCAGCUGGGCACCCUGAUCGGAGCUCCAGUCGGCAUCACCCUCAUCGCAGGCAUCGCUGUUCCCGCCAUGGUCAUCGGCAUCCCGGUUUACGUCGGCCGUAAGAUCCACGCCCACUACGAGCUGAAGAAGGCGUCCCGUCACAGGAGGAACCUGGCCAUCACAGGAGGCGUGGCCCUGUCAAUCAUCACCGCCCCUGUCAUCGCAGCCGUCAGUGUCGGUAUCGGUGUGCCCAUCAUGUUGGCCUACGUGUACGGCGUGGUGCCCAUUUCUCUGUGUCGAGGGGGAGGCUGUGGCGUCAGCCGAGGGAAGGGGCGAGGUGUACGCAUUGACUUUGACGAUGACGAUGGUCCAAUCACAGUGGCGGAUGCGUGGCGAGCCCUCAAGUCCCCGAGCCUCGGUGAGAGCAGUCUGGACGGGGCGGUCAGCGGUCUGAGCACCACCUCCCCCAGCGAGGGGCUCUCCAUGGCCCCUGGGACUCUGGGUGACACACCCCACUUUAACACCCUGGCAGGCGGCGCUCUGGGGACCCGCAGCGGCAAGUACAGCAGGCUGGAGGUGCAGGCAGGCGAGCUGGCUAAAGAGUCAGCCCCGAGGGACACAGGCAGCCUGGGAGCCGGCAGCGACUGUGCCAGCACCCGGGGAAUGGCCGGAUCCAUCAUCUCGUCCUACACACUACCUGACAGGGAGUGCACCAACCUGGAGAUCCAGGUGGACAUUGAGACCAAACCCAGCCAUCUCUGCCUGACCAGCGAAGAGGACCUAACCCCGCCCCCUGGCUCUGCUGCCAUGGCGACCGUCACAGGCGUGGAGGAGCCUCAGGACUGCAGCUCCAGAAGAGGCGGGGCUUUGUCUGGCUCGGUGUCGGGACUGUCACCGGGAGUGUCAAUCAGAGACGGACUCCGAGACGUCACCCUGGCUCAACCGGAGAGCAUCCGCAGCGACCUGGAGAUGUCGGACACUCAGUCAGACGACAUCGCAGAGCUGACGUCAGACGACUGUGACUCCCCUCACCCGAAAAGCUGUCACCUGGCGGCCGGCCAGCAGCCCCCCUCCUGCCGAGCCCUGAACCCCUCCGAAGGCCUUCACUGUCCCGCAGAGAGCAACAUCAUCCUCUACGUCUGAGAGAACAGCAGCUCCCAGGAUUGCACAGAAAAACUAACCAACCCCC